AUUUAACCCACCCGCGUCCCAACGUCUGAAGGUCUCUUCCUUUCGAUUUCGUCUUCGUGCCCUUGUUUUCCCCAAGUCCAUCAACCACCAACCUCGAUACCCUCAUCCUCUUUCUGCAACGCAGUCCACAAAUCAGUCAAAAUGCUUAUUUACUCUGAUAUCAUCACCGGCGACGAGAUCAUCUCGGACUCCUACGACCUCAAGGAGGUCGAUGGCAUCGCCUAUGAGGUCGACUGCGCCAUGAUUGAGGAGGGCGCCGUCCAGGUUGACAUUGGUGCCAACGCCUCCGCCGAGGAGGCCGACGAUGCCCUUGAGGACACUUCCGUCAAGGUCAACAACGUUGUCCACUCCUUCCGUCUCCAGAGCACCCAGUUCGACAAGAAGGGCUACCUCGUCUACCUCAAGGGCUACAUGAAGUCCGUCAAGAACGCCCUCAAGGAGCAGGGCAAGUCUGACGAGGAGAUCAAGGACUUCGAGACCAAGGCCAGUGCCUUCGCCAAGAACGUCAUCCUCGCCAAGUUCAAGGACUGGGAGUUCUACACCGGCGAGUCCAUGAACCCCGACGGCAUGGUUGUCCUCCUCAACUACCGCGAGGACGGCACCACCCCUUACGUCGUUGUCUGGAAGCACGGCCUCAAGGAGACCAAGGUCUAAAUUACGCGUUUUUGUCUUAGCGGCGCAAUUUGGAUCGGGCCUGUGGUUUUCGGGAAACAAAAUACAACAAAUUUCUGAAACGAUAUCCCCCAAUUUUUUUCUUCUACUUGAGUUACGAUGAUGAUAUGGAGCGAUAAGACCCAAAAAUGAAUUGACGACUUCCGAAAGUAUUCAAUAAACGCGCUUUCCGUACCA